UAUUCCACUGCUAUCUGGAAUAUUUCAGUUUGAUCCAUGAAGGUGACAUUUCUAGUGCGUCUUUGGUAUCUUUGCAUUGCGCGCUGCUGUGACGCACGAUCCGUCCGUCCAGUGCAGCAUCGGGACUGAAUGAGCUGCAACUCAGUGCCGGUUUGGACAAAUACGCAUCCGCCAACUACCGGUGAGCUGUUCUCCUCGCAUCCCGUCCUCCUGAAGUCUUCCCGGAUCAGCCGCUUCGUCCGGGUUCUGUUUGGAUACGGCGAAAAGAGCGAGAACUUGCGGACCCGGAAGGAUUUCCAAGAAGGAUUUAAUAGAAUCACAGACCAAUUUUGCAGCUUUAACGUGCUCUGUAGGAGAAAAGAUGCGUUUUGACUGAUGGGAAAUUAGCAGAAGAAAGGAAAAGAGGAAACUUUUCUCUUUUUUCUCGCUUAUACGUUUUGGGCUUCGAGCGAAUCUCAGACUGUGAAGAAAUUUUCCUUCACACCGACUCAGACCUGUGGUUCUUUUACAUCACAUGAGCCUGUGGAUGUAAGAUUUUAAAAGAAGAAGAAAAAACUGCACUCAGCAGAGAGUUACAGGUUUUGGUUCCACCUCUUCCAGCUGAAACUCGACCUUCCGUCCGUCACGUCUGCCUGCAAAACCGGGGCGCCUCGAAGUGGAGUUGCCAUGAGACGAUCCAGAUCCUAAUGUGAUGGGCUGUUGAUGGAGAGGAUUUCGAAUGUCAGCCGGGACAGUGGUCAUCGCAGGAGGAAUUCUGGCUACAGUCAUCUUACUGACCAUCGUCGCUGUGCUGUGUUUAUGUAGGUUGCAGUACUACUGCUGUAAGAGGGAGGAGUCUGAGAAGGGGGAAGAGGAGGAACCGGAACUCGCCACCAUGUCGCCGUCCCGCCCCCUGGCUCUGUCGGCCCCUCCCACGCCUCCCACGCCGGACCGCUUCAGCGACGAGGCGGAGACGUACCCUCCCACCUUCCUGACGGAGGCCAACGGGCCGGCCAGCUACUCGCCCACGCCGCCGCCGCCGCCCCGCAGGUGCCUGCGCUCGCACGCCUUCUGCCCGUCCUGCGCCCGCUGCUCGCUGCCUUUCUACCUGCAGCACCCCGAGAGGCUGUGCAACGGCGGGCGCAGGGUCAGCUACAGGACUGUGCAGCAGCAGGACCUGGAGCUGCCCGUGGACCUGGCCAGCUUCUACCACAAGCUCAACCUGAUCCGCUCCGUCACCAUGCGGGAGGUGGUGACCCACAGCGUCAGCACCGACGUCUAGGAGCCUCGUGGAGCCGCUCCGACUCCGAGGAUCCGUCCACGAGCACCGCUGCAGCUUUAAUGCAGGCGGCCACGUUGGCGGCGGCGGCAGCGGCUUCAAAGCGACUCAGUGAGCAGAGGAAGCGUCCGAACGGACUCGAACUGAUCGUCUUCUGUUUCCGACUUUGUGUUUGCUAACCAGCUAGCUAGGUGGCUAAUCAGGAGGCGGUUUAGAAUCAGAGCUUUUCGGCGAAUCUGACACAGAUUUUGUUCGUCCAGCAUCGAUGAGACGCUUCAGAAAUGAAGCUGAUGUUGCUGUGAGUCCGACGUUUGGACCAAAACCAACAAAUAACAUGUUCUGAUGUUCCAAAAACAUUUCAGUUAACUUUAUUUAAGCAGGAAUAAGGUUCACUGACAUCAAGAACCUUUUCACAGCUGAAAAAGAAUUCUGAGAAAGUUCCACAAAGUUCUUGAGAUGUUUGCUGUCUUGUUUAUGUUCCCAGAAUGUUCUUGAAACAUUUCUUUAAUUGUGCAUUGAGAACGUUCUAUUCGUGGUGUAAAAGAAUGUUCUCAAAGGCAAUGUCCUAAGAACAUCACAGGCCAAAAUGUUCCACCUUUGUUUAUAUUCUAAACAUUUUUUGAACAUCAGUUGGGGAACGUUCUUCUGUUCUUACGAUCUGACGACAUUCUCCAGACAUCCUACAAAGGUUAAAACAUUCUGUUUUAGUUCAGUUUUAACUUCAAUGGAACAUAUAUCCUUAAAAUGUUCCUUGAACAUUGGAUUGAAAGUGUUAAAUUCCCAACUUGUAUGCAACGUUCCCCAAUGUGGGAACGUUUCCUGCUUUAAAUUAAGGUUAAAAGUACGUUAACGUAUCUUGAAAUCACAUAAAUAUGAGUAAGAAGGCAUCAAUGACUCUGCAGAAGUAGAGUUUAUUUGAAUUUAUUUAACCCUCCUGUUGUCUUCAUUUACGGGCACCAAAAAAUAUCGUUUCCUUGUCUGAAAAAAAUCCAAAAAUUUAGCAAAAAAAUUACCCAAAUGUACAAAAAUUUGCAAAAUCUUCAGGAAGAAAAUUCCAAAAAUUCCUUGAAAUUUUCCCUUCAAAGUUUUAUUUAAAAAAAAAAAAUCCCCAAAUUUGGCAAGAAAUAAAGAUUUUAAAAAUAAAAACAAUUAAAAUUGUAAAUAUUUUUUAAAAAUGAAUAAAAAUCUUCCCAAAAACAUCCUCAAAUUAUCUAAAGUGAUUCCAUAUAUAUCAGUAAAAGUUCUAAUAUUUUCUUUAAGAACAUUCGGAAAAAAAUCUACCAAAAUCCAGCGAAUUUCGCUGGAUUUUGGUUGAUUUUUUUCCAAAUGUUCUUAAAGGAACAUUUUUUAACACUUCUUUUUUUCCACCAACAGGAAUUAAAAAGACUAACUUCCUGUCUGAUAUAGAUCUGUAAAUAUGAUGGAAACAAACCAAGAACUGUUUAAUUAAUCAGAAAAUGCUGAAGAUUAGACGCAACAGACAAAGAGUUGAAGAUUUGACUCCAUAAUUUAUAAAAAUGGAGCCAAUAAGCAUCUUUCUGGCUUCAAAAACCUCCAAAAGUCACAUCACUGUCGCACCGUUUCUUCGUUAUAGUCAACACACCGUGGAUUAAUCCGCCGCUGAAAGUAGUCCCAACAGGUGAACCAUUUUCUCCAGAGUCCAUCUGUUUGAGGAGACUUUUUAAAAUUUGUUUUUGAACUGAAUGCAGUUUAAAAUGACUGUAGCUCCUCCAAACGUCCUCCAGUUUCUUAUUACUUCAUCAGGACUCUUUGGUGUCGUGUUUGUAGACCAAUUAGUUUUGUUUCUCUACACCAGCACGCAGUUUGACUUGUAACGUGAUUAGUGCGGUAAAAUAUCGUAUUUUAGUUCAGAUUGUGAUCUUUUCUCGGCUUAACUGAGAAGUUUUGAUGCUUAAACUUCUCUGAGACGCUGGUAACUUCAACACAACUGCAGAAUUUGACGCCCUGAGAUUGAAAACCGGUUGGAAACAGAGCAGCAGGUCUUUGACAUCAGUAGAAAUUAAACGGAACAAAACUGUAUUUCAGUCAAUGAAAAGAUGCCUUGUGCUGGACAAAAAGGGUUGCAAGAAAGAAACAACUGUCAGAUUUGUUAAAAAAAAAAAAAAUCACAAAAUAUGUCAAUUUAAGAUUAUUUUUAAAGAAUUUUUGCUCUUCAAAACUGAGAUUUGCAGCGUCUGAGUGGCUACAUGGCGUCCAGAGGAGAGAAUCCUUUGAGGUGUUUUGAUUCUUCAGCGUUUUAUGUCUGUUUGAAGUCUUUUUUCAGUCUUUGUUAGUUUCUUUUCAGUCUUUUUAGCCUCUGUUUCUCUCUUUAAGUCUUUUAUAGUUUCUGUAGGGUCCUUUUUUAAGUCUCUUGAGAUUUGAGUCUUUUUUAGUCUCUAUCAAGUCUGUUUAAAGUCUUGCAUCUCUUUAAAGUCCUUUAUUGCAUCUGUCAAAUCUUUGUAGUCGCAUUUAUGUCUGUUUUAGUUUCUGUUACAUACUUUUAUAGGGUUUGUGUCUAUUUUGAGUCUUUCUUAGUCUUUCUGAGUUGCUUUUAAGUCUAUUUUAACCUCUUUCAAGUCUUUUUUUAGUCAGUUAUUAGACUGUUAGUCUCUCUUUCGUUUCUGUAGGGUCUUGUAUCUAGUCUCUUUUGAGUCUCAAGUCUUUUUAGUCUCUAUCAAGUCUUUUUUAGUCUCUUUAGAGUCUUGCAUCUGUUCAAAGUCUUUUCUCAGCUUUUUUCAAGUCUUUUUAGUCCCAUUUGAUUUUUUUUUGUCUGUUACUUUUUUAGGGUUUGUGUCUGUUUUUGUGUAAUUUUUAAGUCCCUUUUGAGUCUCUUGAAGUCAUAAUAUCCAUCAAAGUUCCUCUUCACAGCUUCAGAUGGAUGUUAUUUCUGUAAACACAUUGUUGGUUUUGGUCUUUUCAAGGGGUUUGUUUGUUUCUUUUUUAGUCUCUUUAGAGUCACAUCAUUUCAAGUUUUUUUUAGACUCUUUCAAGUCUUUUCAAACUCCUUUAGGUAUUUUUUUAAGUCUCUUUUCAGUCUCGAGUCUUUUUUAGUCUGUAUCAAGUCAUUUUUUAGUCUCAUUUAAGUCUUUUUAUAGCCUUUUUAGCCUCAGUUGAGUCUUUUUGUAGUGCUUUGUCUUUUUAAGUUUCCUUUAUGUCUCUUUUGAGUCUCUUCAAGUCAUACUAUCCUUCAAAGUUUUCCUUCACAGCUUCAGAUGGUAUUUCUGUAAACAUAUCGUUGGUUUUGGUCUUUUUGUGGGAUUUGUUUGUUUUCUUAUUUGGUCCAACUUGAGUCUUUUGUUGCCUCUUUCAAGUCUUUUCAGACUCCUUUGGCUCUUUAUUAGUGUCCUUUAAGUCUUCUUUGAGUCUCUUUCAGUCAUAAUAUCCAUCACAGUUCCUCUUCACAGCUUCAGAUGGAGGUUAUUUCUGUAAACACAUUGUUGGUUUUGGUCUUUUCAUGGGACUUGUUGAUAAACUAAAAGUAGAGCAACACCAGCCUUGUUCUUGAAGCUCAGAAUCAGACUUCUGGAGAUGAAUUGUAGGUAGAAACAGUAGCUUCUGAGUAGAAACUAACUUUUCAGUUCUAGUUUUAAACGCAGCAGAGCAGGACUUUGUUCCAGUGCUGCAGUUUCUCUAUAUGUGGGUCCUGUGAUGGUUUAUUAUCUCUGCUCUCAGCUCUCGUAGGAGGCGGUCGCACUUUUCCUUGCUCCACUAUCUCUGUUCCUCCCUACCCUCAUGUCUCCCUGCUUGCUGCAUUUCUUCGUCUCGUCUGUCUGACUUGGAGCGAUCGCUUGGCACUGGACCUUCGAAACACCGAUCAUGGAAUUGAUUAACUGGUCUCUCAACGCAGUUGACAAGAUUGUCGCCACAAAGAGCACAGGCCUAGGGGAGCCUACCUGCCCGGAUAGGAGUUUUGCCUCUGGUUACGUGAUGGACGCCUGGGGGAAGUGGAAGGGAUCAUGUGCCUGGCACCCCUAUCCGUGGAGGAUGUGGAAGAUGUUUAUAUAUUCGGAUUUAUGAUGACAGGCCUGCUGAUAAUUGGCUUGUUCACUGGCCUGAGCUUCUGGAAAAUCAGGAAGACCGCAGACAGAAAUGACGUCCAAACUCUGCUGGUCUAUGCAAACGAUCGGAUCACGGCUGCCGAUGCUCGGUAUGACGAACUCAAUCGUAAGAUGAACAAUUUGUUUGGUGUGACUGUUGAUUUGAGUCGCAGAUUGGAAGCCAUCAGGGUGAGAAUCGCUACAGCUGGGUUCUAAAAUUGUUGAGAGCAGUAGGGAGAAGGUGAAAUUACUUCUCUCCCGCCUAAACUUGAGGAUAACUGAUUACAUUCUGGCGCCCCUGGAACAAUAACAAACUCCUCUGGAAGUUUCAUGACCAAGAGAUAGCUCUCCUACACCCCCCCCCACUUUCCCAAGGACACCUGUUGACUUUUGGACCGGGCCAACCGAGGACGUCUCCAUAGCAACCUGCUGUGUUAUCACGCUCCCACCCUCGUAAGCUGAGACACCGGAGGUCUGAGACGGAAGAAGAUGGGCUACACGCAUACACAAACAUUCAGACUCAUGAACUGAGGACUGAGCUAAACAUUCACACACACAUUCCCAUAUCCCCCCUCCCCCCCGCCUCCACAAGCUUUCCUCACUAUACACAGGAGCCAGGAAUCCAUGCACCUGCACAGGAACCGGCUAACUGUGUGGUGCUCCCCCCUCCACCUCCCCACAUCCUUAUCCCAACUAUACUUGUCUAACGUCAUGCUUUGCCUGUUUGCGGGUUUGUUUUUUUGUAGGUUCCUUCUCAAAUUGAAUUUCCCAACAUUGGAGGUUUCAUUUGGUACAACGAGCCUUUUUUUUCUUUUACCCUCUGCUAUCCCUACCCAGAUCCCAACAUGUCCUUUUUCUUUUUUUCUUCAAGAAAGGUGCGCGCAGCACUGUGCAGCAGCCGGAGCUGUGAUUGGCAGGCAGCUCAAAUGAAAUUUCGUUGUAUAUGAAAAUGUGCAAUGACCAAUAAAGAUUGAUUGAUUAACCACACAUCUUCACUUUAUGCAGAUUUCAACCUAUCGAUGGAUGUUCACAUGUUAAACUGCACAGAGUGUCUGGUAGCUGCCACCUUUAUCUCCCUCACACUGAACACCAUGUAAACUGUGUUUUCUGUUCGUUAUCUGCUUCCUGCUGAACCUCAGCAGCUGUUUUCACUCAUCCGGCCUGAAUUCAGUCAUUUUAUCUCCACACAAAGUCCAGCUCCAAUCACCCGGACAAAGUGAAAACACCUGAGCAGGUAGCUCACCUGUGCAUGAUGAGAAACACUGCACCUCUGAUUACAGCCUACAGUCACUUCUUAGUCUCUUUUAAAUAUUCUUUGUCUCUUUAGAGUUUUUUUUUUGUCUCUGCUAGUUUUGGUUAGUCAACUUUUUGUGUUUAGAACCUUGUGUCUUUUUAAAGUCUCUUUUAGUGUAUUUUGAGUUUUUUUAGUCCAUAUCGAGUCUCUUUUAAGUCUCUUUUGAGGUUUUUCGUCUCUUUUUAGUCUCAUUUCAGUCUUGUUUUUAGUCUCUUUUGAGUCUUUUUUUAGUUUCUUUGAAAUAUUUUUUAGUCCUGGAUUCUUGUGUCUUUUUUAUGUCUCUUUUGAGUCUCUUCUGAGUUCUUUUUCAUCUCUUUUUGGUCUUUUUCUCAUCUCAUUUAAGUCUUUUUAGUCUCAAUUAAGUCUUUUUUAAUCUCUUGAGAGUUUCACAUCUUUUUAACAUCUUGUUUCAGCCUGUUUGCAAGUUUUUUUGUCUAUCUAGUCUUUUUUUAGUCUCAUUUGAGUCUUUUUUUUAGCUUCUUUCGAGUCGUGCGCCUGUUUAAAGUCGUUUUUCAGCCUCUUUCAAGUCUUUUGAUUCUCAUUUGAGUCUUUUUUUUAUCUCUCCAGAGUCUCGCAUCUUUUUAAUGUCAGUGACUAUAAAAUGUAGUUGCUGCAGAAACACACUUCUUUUAACAACAUACUAAAAAGGUUAAAGGUUUGUGACAUAUUUUAUGAACACAGAAACUGCAGUGAAAUGUGACAGAUAUUGCUGGUAUUAUGACAUUUUCUCAUUCUGUUUUGGAGAUUUGUGCAUCUGAGGAGCUGUUUUAACAUUUGAUAACUGCCUUUGAAGAUGGAGAAUUGAAAUUUUACCAUUAGGCUCAUUUUUAUUCCAGAUAUCUGUAACGCAGGUGUCCUGAACUUGAUUUUGAGAUCAUCGUUUCUUCAGACAAUUAAAAAAUUCUAAACUGUAUUUAAGUGAAUAUCAACAUUCUGCCCAGUACAGUUGUCCUAAACAGUGGAGUUACCUGUAGAGAUCAAAAGUGCUUUUUUUUACCAGGAUGUAAAUAUGUUUUUUUCCGCUGUGAAGUUGGACAUUUGAACAUGGAUUUCUAUGGGGAUUGACUUGUCUUUAGAGCCAGCAUCUAGUGGACAUUUAUGGAACUGCAGCUUUGGCACUUUUGAAUUCUUCAGCCCCAGAUGUUGCCAUUUGGUUCCAAUACCUGCACUACUAGACUAUAUAGUACACCAGAAAAAUACUCUACAUCCCAAUAUGUAGUACGUCAAAUGCAGUGUGCCAGGAAGACCAGAACUAUUUUCUCCAAGAAAACCCAGACAGAUGAUGCAUUUAUAAGCAAGACGGUCAAAGCUUCAGGCGCAGUAUUAUGACCAAGUCCUAGUAGUACUUAUACUCAACGUACUGGAAGGAAAAAGAGAAAAUAUGAGGUUUGGUCACUGGUUGCAAACGACAUCAUCAGUGCAAGAAGGCAGCAGCGGUUUCCAGGAUAUUUUAGUUUCAUUUCCGUAGAGCUGCCAUAUUGUCCAUCUUUGUAGACAGUAUGUUAUGAAAAAUUUUUUAAAAAUUAAAAAAACAGUACGCCAACAUUAGCUUUGAAGCAUUUUAAGCAAAAAAACAAGACACUUUCUCAGAGCAUGCAAGGUAAAAACUGGGGUUUAUUUUAUUGGAUUUACUAAUCUUGGGUUUGUUACUUCAGAGACCAAAUUGUAUAAUUUUAUCGCUCUUGUUAAAAAAAAAACUUUGACUUUAACUGUAUUUUUCAGCAGCACCUUGCCUCUUUUUAUUACUUAUUUAAGAGACAAGAUUUAGAAUUUCAUAGAAAAUGAAGAUUUUAUCUGCAAUAUUGAGAAUUUUGUUCAGUUACUAUAUUGUUAAUUUCAAACAAACGUUUCGUUUGAAGGAGCUGAAAUUCAGCAGAACAUGAAUGAACCACUCAGAUCAUGAUCAUCUGAUAUUAUAUGGGUGAAUUUGUUUUUAACAUGUUUAAGUUUUACAUGGAUAAAAGUGCUUAAAAACUAAAUGAGUCACUGCACAGAGUUUCUGGUUGAGCCACGUUUGUGUUCACUUGUGUACAUUUGUCAGCUCACGUCGGGGUUGUGUUGUGAUUUUAUCCUUUGUAUCUGAUGAUUUGUGACUAUGUGAGAGAACUACAGUUACUUUUAAGGGCUUUUCUGAAGCAUUCAAUGAUCCAAAGACUGUGAUUUCUGAAAGACGUUUUCUUGCCUGCAGGCAGAACUUCAUCUAACAUUGGAGGAGUUUUGCUCCAGCGUGAGCUUGUGGCACGUUUAGAUGAAAUUUUACAAACUUCACUUCACAUCGGUAGAGAAAGAACUCGACUCCUGGACUUGUUUUCCUUUUGUCACUGAAUAAACGUACAGUAGAAGACUUCUCGGAGCAAACUUACACUGUAACUUGAGGAUAACGUGUGAUGAAAUAGUACGCUGCUAAGAUAAAUAAACAAAAGGACAUAUGCUCAGUUUAUUCUGGUAGGUCCACUCAGAAGAUGAGUGUUUGUCUCUGUGUUUACAAUAAAGCUGUGUUGAACCUCAGACGUUGUAUGAAGGAUGAACAAAUACUUUUUUUAAAAGAUGAAAUUUUUACUGCAGCAGUUAGCGUUUAGCUAAGGGUUCAGUUCAGAUAAGGGCCCUUUGAAAUUACAAAUGAACUGCGAGGUUCCAGUCUAACUGACAUUUGUGCAUUUAAGUCAAUUCUCCCGGAAUUACAUACAGUCGUAAACAAAUUCACAAAUACUUGCAAAGACCACGUAUAUCAUGGCAGCCAUCAUAUACAUGGUCAGUGCAAACAUAGCUUUGUCACAAAAACAAUCACACAUUUUGGUUCCAUACAUACAUACAGCAAUUUUAAUGUUUGGUUUUGAUGAUGUAGAAAGUUGUCAAUCAAAUUUUCUUAGUUUCAUGGCCUCUUAACUUCUCCUGAAUGAUUCUAGUUGACUACAGCUGCUGACUCCUCUGAUCCAGUUUAAAUAGAACCCAUUAGAUCCACUCAUUAGACUCACUGACAAUAAUAGCAAAGUCUGAAGUCAUUUGUGGCAAAGAUUAAGACAAAUCUGCACGCAUUUUGGAUUUAAAACAACUCCUCAGUGGAGUCUUCAUUUAAUUAAAUGUCCAGAUAUAAAAAAUGCCUGUCCUGUCAAUGCAUAGAGCCUCAGAUUAAAGAUGUUCCUGAUGCUUUGGUGGUUGAAUCAAGUCUUUUAUUUAUUUUAGAGAAGAAAAUUGUUAUUUUCAUUUCCAGUCAGCUUCAGUAGUUGAUGUUUUUAUGAACCUGAAGUGCAGCAGAUGAGAUGCGACCAGCAGGGGGGGUCGAUGGUCAGUCUGUGUGAAACCCAUUUACAGUGCUAAUAAACUGAUGCUUGGUUUGA